AUCCGGCUCGCCCGCUGGUCCCCCCCGUCACCCACUCACCCGUCUCCUCCACGCCCAUCAACUUGCUCCUCAAGAAGAGAGAAGAGGAAGAGCUCGUCGCGGCGCGGCAAUGGCGGCGAGGAGGCUGAUCCCGUCGAUGAACCGGGUGCUGGUGGAGAAGCUGCUGCAGCCCAACAAGAGCGCCGGCGGCAUCCUCCUCCCGGAGACCACCAAGCAGCUGAAUUCUGCAAAAGUAGUGGCUGUUGGUCCUGGCGAACGUGACAGGGAUGGCAAACUGAUCCCUGUAUCUUUGAAAGAAGGUGACACCGUUCUGCUACCUGAGUAUGGAGGAACUGAAGUGAAGCUUGCUGAGAAAGAGUACCUUCUUUUCAGAGAGCACGACAUACUCGGACGGCUUGAGGAGUAACUUGGACGGCUCGACUCGAGGAGUAACUGGGGGUUGUUUGCCAUGACCUCAUAACUCGUUUAUUUAAUUAGACACGCUGGAAUGUGAGCGUGGAAGUUUUUUUCUGGGAGCAAAAAUGCCUGCCUGAAUUUGAUGUCGUUGUGUCAUCGAUCGUGAGCAUUACUAAAAACUGAUGAAACCUUCUCUUUUUGCGCGCCUUAUUCAUACCUUGAAUGGAACUGCCAGUCCAGUUCAUUUGUCA